UGCAUUCACUUCAGCUUGCAUCAUAGAUUCAUGAAAAACACAACAAAGCAAAACAAUUAAUUUAUUUCUUGUAUGGAAAGUUGAAAACUUAUUUUUUCUCAUUUUAGGUAAAUUACCAUACAUGAGCUCUGCUUCAAAUCUUGAGCAGCUUUACUUAUCGGAGAAUAAUCUCAGUGGAAAUAUUCCUGACUCUAUCUCCAAUGUUUCUAAGCUCAGAGUCCUAGAUUUAGAUAGAAACUCAUUCUAUGGCCUUAUUCCAAAUACACUUGGGAAUUUGAGGUUCCUUGAGAUUUUGAACCUUCCGUCGAAUGAUUUGACCACCAAAAUUUCAACUCAUGGGUGGAGCUUUCUCUAUUCCUUGGCAAAUUGCAGGUAUCUAAGAAUUUUGGACCUAUCAUUCAACCCAUUGAAUGGAAUUCUUCCAACUUCUAUCUCAAAUCUUUCCACAUCACUUCAAAAAUUAUUGGUCGUUGAUUGCAAAAUUAGAGGCAGCAUUCCCAUGGAAAUUGGUAGCUUAAGCAACGCUAUAUUGUUAGACCUUUCUUCUAAUAAAUUGACUGGACCUAUUCCAACAACAAUAGGAAGGCUAAAAAAUCUCCAACUUUUGAAUCUUUCUGGGAAUAAGUUACAAGGCUCUAUCCCACACGAUCUUUGUGGUUUGGAGGGAUUGUACGAAUUAUCAUUGGGUGCUAAUGAGCUUGAUGGACCUUUACCGACAUGUUUGUGUGAUUUGACUUCUCUGAGACAUCUAUACUUGUUCUCCAACAAAUUGUAUUCGCAAAUACCUUUAACUUUUUGGAGCCUUAAAGAUAUCUUAGAAGUGGACUUUUCAUCAAACAAUCUUAGUGGCUCACUUCCACUUGACAUUGGAAAUUUGAAGGUACUUAUCUCUUUGAAUUUGUCAAGGAAUUUAUUAUCAAGUGAUAUUCCGUCCACAAUUGGAAGUCUCUAUGAUCUACAGGUUUUGAAUCUUUCUAGAAAUAGAUUACAAGGCCCUAUUCCAAAAUCAUUGGGUCACUUGAUAAGUUUGAAAAGCUUGGAUUUAUCUAACAACAAUCUCUCUGGAGUCAUUCCCAAGUCUUUGGAAAAACUUUAUGAUCUCAAUUAUUUUAAUGUGUCUUUCAAUAGAUUGGAAGGAGAAAUACCAAGUGGAGGGCCCUUUUUGAACUUCACAGCCAAAUCAUUCAUGAAAAAUUAUGCACUAUGUGGUUCACCUAGACUACAAGUCUCACCUUGCAAAAAUAAAAUCCAUCCAAAACUCAAGAAGACCGCUCUUCAUGCUUUGAGGUAUGUUUUACCAACAUUUGCUUCAAUAAUAAUAGUUGUAGCUGUCAUAAUUGUCUACAAAAAAGGGCAACGGGGGAAUAUGAAUUUGGCAAUGGUUAACGAUUUAAUUCCUCUCAAGAAAAGGAGAAGAAUUUCGUAUAAUCAACUAUUGCAAGGGACUGGUGGAUUUAGUGGGAAUAACUUACUUGGUUCAGGAAGUUUUGGCUCUGUAUACAAAGGAAUACUUUCAGAUGGAACAGAAGUCGCAAUAAAAGUUUUCAAUUUGCAAAUAGAUGAAGCAUUUAAGAGUUUUGACAUUGAAUGUGAAGUGAUGAGCAAUAUCCUUCAUCGCAAUCUUGUCAAGGUUAUUACUUGUUGUUCAACUAUUGAUUUCAAAGCCAUAGUGCUUGAGUUCAUGCCUAAUGGGAGCCUUGAGAAAUGGUUAUAUUCUUACAAUUAUGUAUUGGAUAUCCUACAAAGAAUCAACAUAAUGAUAGAUGUUGCAUCGGCAUUAGAAUACCUCCAUUUGGGACAUCCGAUUCCUAUAAUCCAUUGUGACCUAAAACCAAGUAAUGUCUUAUUGGAUGAGGACAUGGUUGCACACGUGGGAGAUUUUGGAAUUGCCAAGCUAUUGGGAGAAGGAGAUUCCAUCAAACAAACAAUGACACUAGCUACUGUUGGCUAUAUGGCACCAGGUGAUUUUUUCAUUUUUUUUAAUUUUUUCUCUAUUCCAAGACGAGUAGAUAUUAGUAUUUUAUCAUUUUAUUGCAUGAGAUCGUUUUAAUGAUUCAAUUAUAUUUAAAAUACAGAAUACGGAUCGAUGGGAAUUAUCUCGACAAAAAGUGAUGUUUAUAGCUAUGGUAUUCUAUUAAUAGAGACUUUCACAAGAAAGAAGCCCACAGAUGAAAUUUUCGUUGGAGAAAUGAAUAUAAAGCAUUGGGUGAAAAGGUCAUUAUCAAAUGAGAUAAUUGGUGUAAUAGAUUCUAGUUUAGUGCAAGAAAUGGAUGAAUAUUUUGUUAUUAAAGCAAAUUGUAUAUCAUCUAUUAUGAGAUUAGCUUUGGAUUGUUCAACUGAAUUACCUGAAGAUAGAUUAGAUAUGAAGAAUGUUGUAUCCAUGCUGAAGAAUAUCAAAAGAGAAUAUCUAAACAACAUUA